AUGGAAAAGGUGCUUGGACAUUUAACUGUAGAUGAGCUGCAAUAUGCUACUUAUACCCUUAUUAGAUUAGCUCAAGCAAGGUAUUAUCUAGCGGAAAUUAGAAGUUUAGAACAAGGGAAUAUUUCUAGGGGUAGUAAAUUAAAAUCAUUAUCUCCAUUCAUUGAUAAUAACAGGCUAUUAGGAGUGGGGGGUCGUUUAUCAUGUUCGGAACUAAAUUUUAAUGAAAAACGUCCAAUCAUAUUGCUCAAUAAACAUAAAAUAACUAGGCUAAUUAUACUUAAUGAACAUUACAAGCAAUUACACCAGGGUCCUCAAGCUCUUCUUGCAACUAUACGACUACAGUACUGGCCGAUUACAGGACGUCGUAUAUUAAGGCAGGUUUUAAGUAAAUGUAUUUUAUGUUUUAGAGUUAGACCGAAAAACUUUAACGUAGCAAUGGGUAACUUACCAAGGGAAAGGGUGGUUCCAAGUAGACCUUUCACGAAUUGUGGUAUAGAUUUUGCGGAUCCUUUUGAAAUAAAACCGAACAAAUUAAGAGGAAAUAAAAGGAUUAAGGUUUAUUUGUGUGCAUUUGUGUGCUUUGCUACAAAAGCGGUUCAUUUAGAAAUUGUCAGCGACUUAAGCACUACAAGUUUUUUAAAUUGUUUUAAACGAUUUAUAGGCCGCAGGGGUUUAUGCUCUAAUAUCUAUACAGAUAACGGAACUAAUUUUGUCGGUAGCAGGAAUGAAUUACAAAAUGUAUAUUCCUUUCUACGCGAUUCUAAGACCCAAUCUUCUUUUUCGGAUUAUUUUGUUGAUAAAGGCAUUCGGUGGCAUUUUAUUCCUCCCCGAUCGCCGCAUUUCGGGGGAAUAUGGGAAGCGGUAAUUAAAUCUGCUAAGUAUCACAUUAAGAGGAUUGUAGGCUUACAAGUUUUAACAUACGAAGAGUUAGAGACUGUUGUUGUGCAAAUAGAGUCGUGCUUAAAUUCGCGACCUCUAACUCCUCUCUCCGAAAAUCCAGAUGACCUCAAUACCCCUGGGCACUUCCUAAUCGGCACGUCACUAUCAUCAUUGCCUAAAACAGAUUUGCAAGAUAUCUCUAUAACUAGAGUUAAACGGUAUGAGAUGCUCAUUAAAAUGGUGCAACGUUUUUGGAGUAAGUGGAGCAAGGAUUAUCUUACUCAACUACAACAAAGGAAUAAAUGGUUUUGA